CCACGCCGAAGCCGCCCUUCCUCUCUCUCUCUCUCUCUCUCCGUCCGCUACCACACCCAGGCAAAAAGGGCGGCAGCGGCGAUGGGACUGGAGGUGCCGCCGGAGGAGUCCAACCGGUGCGUGCGCGGGUGCUGCCGCAGCGCCGCCAUCCCGCUCCGCCUCCCGGCCGCCUCCUUCUCCCUCCUCUCCCCCAUUGCGCGAGGGUCGGAGAGCACGGUGUACGAGGCGCGGCUGGGCGGCGAGCGCGCCGCGGCCAAGAAGCCGGUGCUGUCCACGUCCGACGACCUCGACAAGUUCCACUACCAGCUCCAGCUCCUCUGUGAGCUGGAUCACCCAGGAUUGGCUAAGCUGAUCGCUGCACAUGCACAUCCUCCGAAUUACCUGAUGUUCUUUGAUUUCUUCGAGCCUCCAAACCUUGCUGACAAGAUACACGUCGAGGAGUGGAGCCCUUCUGUGCAGCAAGUGGUUACCAUUGCCAGUGAUCUAGCAAAGGCUCUCCAAUACUUACACACCCUUGGGGUAGUACACAGAGAUAUAAAACCUGCAAAUAUUUUGCUAGAUAAAGAUCUCCAUCCACAUCUAGCAGAUUUUGGCUUAGCCAUGUUCCAGAAGGAUAUUAAGUGUGUUUCGGUUGAGAACUGGAAAUCAUCUGGCAAGCCUACUGGUGGUUUCCACAAAAAGAAUAUGGUGGGGACACUAAUUUACAUGGCACCAGAAAUUUUGAGAAAGGAUAUACAUACAGAAAAAUCUGAUGUAUAUAGCUUUGCAAUAUCUAUCAAUGAGCUGCUUAGUGGUGUGGUGCCUUAUACAGAUCUGAGAGCAGAAGCGCAGGCACACACCGUUCUUGAAAUGACUUACACUGAACAACAAUUGACAGCAGCAGUUGUUUCUCAAGGAUUGCGCCCAGCUCUUGCCCUUCCUGAAUCUGGUGCUCCACCAAAUCUUUUGUCACUCAUCCAGCGUUGCUGGGAUCCUGAUCCUCAACAGAGACCAUCAUUUGAAGAUACAAUUGAAGAGUUAAAUAUGAUAAAAAAGCAUUUAAUUACAAAUGCUUACUUGCCAUCAUCUCCUGUGAGCAAAAGUCAAAAUGGCAAAAUGGAAGUGCACCAUUAUCAAGAAGCUUUGAACUGGUUCAACCAAGGAGAGCUGUUAGCAAAGAAAGAAAACGAAUUAGAUCAUACAGUUAAUCUUUGGUCUGGUUGUUUUGAUCAAUCCUCAGAGUUUCGUCCAACUUUGAGUUGGGGCUCUUUUGCAACAUGUGGUCGAAGGGAGACAAUGGAAGAUACACAUUUUAUGCUUCCCCAUAUGAGUAAAGAAAAGGAUGUAUAUGCCUUUGGCAUUUUUGAUGGCCACAGAGGUUCAGCAGCUGCUGAGUUCUCUGUCCGAGCAGUCCCUAGGUUUCUCAAGCAAUUUGGUCACGAUACAAGCCCAACCGAUGCCCUUACAGAAGCGUUUGUAAGGACUGACAUAGCAUUUCGAGAGGAACUAAUUGUUCACCAGAAGUCAAAAAGGAUUGUCCGGAAAGACUGGCAUCCUGGUUGCACGGCAGUGACAGCACUUAUAGUGAGAAACAAACUUUUUGUAGCAAAUGCUGGUGACUGCCGAGCAAUUCUGAGCCGUGCUGGCAAACCAUUUCCCAUGACUCAGGAUCAUGUUGCUAGUUGUCCAGAGGAAAGAGAGCGUGUGAUAAAGGAAGGAACUGAAGUCAAAUGGCAAAUGGAUACGUGGCGAGUCGGUGCAGCUGCUCUUCAGGUCACAAGAUCAAUUGGUGAUGCUGAUCUCAAGCCAGCAGUCACAGCACGACCGGAGGUUAUUGAAACUGCUUUGUCAACUGAUGACGAGUUCCUGGUGAUGGCUAGUGACGGCUUAUGGGAUGUGGUAAGCAACGAGGAUGUCCUGUCCAUAAUCAAGGACACAGUGAAAGAGCCUGGGAUGUGCUCCAAGAGGCUGGCUACUGAGGCUGCAGAGCGGGGCAGCAAAGACAAUAUCACAGUCAUCGUGGUGUUCCUUCGCCCCGUCUCCACAGCUGAGCGCAUAUACUGACCACCGAGCAGUUCUCCGUAACUUCAGUUACAGUUUGCCAUACUACACGCCUUCUUCUGUCAGCUCACUAUUUUUAUUCAAUUCACGUCGCUACAGAAAAAAAAAAGGAAGCCACAUUCGUUCUUGUAUUUGUAUACAAUUGGAUUACCCUGUCCAGGGCAGAAAGAGCAAACCGUUUUCAGAUAGUAGCAGCUGUCGCAUAUUUUUGGUCAGUCUUUGUAACCCUAUAUUAUGCAUUUGUAAACUAUACAAGCAAAAAGAACAAGCGCUUAAAAGAACAUAUUUUCUGUUGUAACGCAGAGAGCACCCAAUAAAUGAUCUUUAUGUUAGAAGUA